UUCGUUCACCGCGAAACGCCCACCGCCGCGCCGCACUCCGUCGAUUCCCCAACCCCGAUCGACAAGGACACCGCCGGGAAGAAUCCGACCAUGAGCGCCGCCGCGGCCAACGUCGCCGUCAUCGGAGCCGGAAUAACGGGCGCCGUGUGCGCCUCGCUCCUGGCCACGCGCGGGGUGGCGGUGACGCUCUUCGACUCCGGACGCGGCCCCGGCGGCCGCAUGGCGCAGCGGAGGGAGGUGAUGGACGACGGCACGGAGCUACGGUUCGACCAGGGCGCGCCCUACUUCACCGUCAGCAACGACGAGGUCGCCGGGGUCGUGGGCGGAUGGGAGGCGCAGGGGCUCAUCACCGAGUGGAAGGCCAUGUUCGCCUGCUUCGAUCGGGAGACCGGCAAAUUCAGAGACUUCGAUAAGGUCCUGUCGUAAUGGUACCACAUUUAGCAGGCAAGAUUCCGUCGAUCAGCGGCUUCCCAGCAAGCGUGGCUCAAGGAGGGCGUAGGUAUCGGCGAGGCGGAGCUCCUGGUAUGCUCGGGAAGGACUGAGGAGGUGCGGACGCCGCUGCCGGAGGGGGAGGAGACGGGCUCGUUUUUGGAGUGGGGGCAGCUCCUGUGCGGCCGGCAGCAGGGGAGAAUCUGCUGCAACAGCGGCAGGAGCUGCACGGGCAGCAGCGGCAGGAGCUCCACCGGCCUGGAGCCCG